GGCGUAUAAAUUGGCUUACGUUACCACAAAAACACAUGUUCAGAGUCUGAGACAAAUUAAAAACAAGUUUUUGAUUUUUUUCUCCACCGGGUCGGCAAAUAACGCCGAAUUCUUAACCGAUUCAGAAGCAAAAAGAAACUACUCUCAAGAACACUGAAGCACAAAGAAACCGUUUAUUACUCGUCAGUUGUAUAUUAACCCUAAAAAUGGAGGUAAUAAUUUAGGGUUUUUUUUAUUCAGAAAUCCCCAAAAUAAUUCCUCUCUUAUUUUUAGGGUUCAAUGGAAAUGCCAGGAAGAAGAACUAAUUACUCAUUACUCAAUCAAUUCCCACCUGAAGAUGAUAAGAAAUUUCUUCCUCCUCUAGGUGUUGGUGGUGGGAAUCAAUUUUAUGAAUCUUUAUCUGGUGAGAAGAAUAAAGGGAAUUGGGAUGGAAAUGGAGGAGAUCAGAGAAGAAUGGGCGGCGGCGGAUUGUUCCCAUCAUCGUUAGGAUUACAAAGGCAAUCAAGUGGGAGUAGUUUUGGUGAAACUUUAUCUGGUGAAUAUUAUAUCCCAACUAUGUCUAAUUCAAUGGUUAAUGAUCCAGAAAUUGAUGUAUUGAGAUUGAAAAGUGGAAUUGAAGCUGCUGCUACUAAUGGAUCUUCAUCUACUACUUCUAAAAGUUGGGCACAACAAACUGAAGAGAGUUAUCAAUUACAAUUGGCUUUAGCUUUAAGACUUUCUUCUGAAGCUACUUGCGCUGAUGAUCCUAAUUUCUUGGAUCCUGUUCCUGAUGAAUCAAAUAUCAGAAAUUCGACUAAUUCGUCUUCGCCUGAAGCUAUGUCUCAUCGGUUCUGGGUGAAUGGUUGUUUAUCUUACUUUGACAAGGUUCCAGAUGGGUUUUAUUUGAUCCAUGGGAUGGAUUCAUAUGUGUGGACGAUGUGCACGGAUAUACAAGAGCAUGGUAGGGUCCCAACAAUCGAAUCACUUAAGGCGGUUGAUAGUGAUUCAUCUAUUGAAGUUGUUUUAAUCGAUAAAAGCAGUGAUCCCAGUUUAAUUGAGCUACAGAAUAGAGUUAUUAGUCUUUCUCGGAGUUGUGUUACCACAAAAGAGGUAGUCGAUCAGCUUGCCAAGCUCGUUUGCAUUCACAUGGGGGAUACAGCUUCUAAUGGAGAAGAUUUUUUGGUUUCCCGCUGGAAGGAGUGUAGCCAAGUAUUAAAAGAUUGCUUAGGCUCCGUUGUUAUCCCAAUGGGAAGCCUGUCAGUUGGUGUAUGCCGGCAUCGUGCUCUGCUAUUCAAAAUUUUAGCAGACACAAUUGAUUUACCUUGUCGAAUUGCCAAGGGGUGCAAGUAUUGCAGGAGAAAUGAUGCUGCCUCCUGUCUAGUGCGGUUUGGUCUUGACCGGGAAUACUUAGUUGAUCUGCUCGGGAAGCCAGGAUGCUUAUGCGAACCUGAUUCCUUGCUCAAUGGCCCAUCAUCUAUCUCAAUCGCUUCACCAUUGCGUCUUCCAAGAUAUAAACCAUUUGAAAUGACAGAGAGUUUCACUUCAUUGGCCAAGCAGUAUUUCCAGGACUGUCAGUCAAUCAAUCUUAUUUUCAGUGAUGCUCCUACAGGUGUAAAUGAUGGAAGUUCUACACCACCUCUGCAUCAAGGAUUUUCUCGACCCAGUAGUCGUGAUAGAGGAGAUAUCAUGCUGCAAAGUUCAUCUGGUCCUGCUGAAAGUGUUAUCUCAGUAGACUUGAGAGAUCCUAUGCUGUUGAAACACACCCCACCAACUGGGAACAGGGAUGGACAAGCAAUUGUGCCGGUGGCUGAUCCAAGGAUUGAUAUGAAUCGAGAUCUAAGGUACAUGCAGGGCAGAUCGAGUAAUGAUCUUUCUUUUGAUAUUGAAGACUUGGACAUUCCAUGGAGUGAGCUUGAGUUGAAGGAGAAAAUUGGAGCAGGUUCUUUUGGAACGGUGCAUCGUGCUGAUUGGAAUAGUUCGGAGGUUGCUGUGAAGAUUCUUAUGGAGCAAGACUUCCAUGUUGAGCGCUUCAAGGAAUUCAUUAGGGAGGUUGCAAUUAUGAGAAGGCUGCGGCAUCCAAAUAUUGUCCUGUUUAUGGGUGCUGUCACUCGACCCCCAAACUUAUCCAUUGUCACGGAAUAUUUGUCAAGAGGUAGCUUAUAUAGGCUUUUGCAUAAAUCUGGUUCGAGGGAACUGUUGGACGAGAAGCGUCGAUUAAGUAUGGCCUUUGAUGUGGCAAAGGGAAUGAAUUAUCUUCAUCGACAUAAUCCUCCCAUUGUUCAUCGGGAUCUGAAAUCUCCAAAUCUUCUGGUGGACAAAAAAUACACAGUGAAGGUGUGCGAUUUUGGGCUUUCCCGCUUAAAGGCGAACACAUUUUUAUCGUCCAAAUCAGUAGCGGGCACUCCCGAGUGGAUGGCACCAGAAGUUCUCCGCGAUGAACCGUCAAAUGAGAAGUCUGAUAUUUACAGUUUCGGUGUGAUAUUAUGGGAGCUUGUUACGAUGCAACCACCUUGGGUUAAUUUAAAUGCAGCACAGGUGGUAGCGGCGGUGGGUUUCAAAAAUAGAAGGCUUGACAUUCCAAAUAAUGUAAAUCCCCAAGUUGCGGAGUUAAUCGAGGCUUGCUGGGCCUAUGAACCGUGGAAGCGUCCUUCUUUUGCUAGUAUCAUGGAAACAUUGAAGGCAAUGAUCAAACCACCUACACCGCCGUCUCUCCGUUCAGAUGCACCUCGGCUAAACUGAGGGCUAAACUGAUAUAUAAGAAGUUCUCCAUGCGCUCUUGAUAGUCUUUUGAUGAUCUGACAAGUUGGAGAAGAGGGCCUGCAUUGCUUGGAUUACCUUAGGACUUCGAAGUGUGCAUAUAAAGUUAAUCAUUUUACCCAUUGCAUUGUCACCAAUUGAGAGUGAAGAUUUAUUACAUCCUAUUCUAGGUUCCAAUUUCUCGCCCUUCGAGGAGAUGGCAUAAUAUCUGUACAAAUAAUUUUGUAUGUAAACAUUACGUAUGUGUAAUUAAAGAAAAACAAAAAAAUAAUAGAAGCUAAAAAUGUGAUGCAUUAGUAGGGUGUUAACCGAGCAGUUCAUGGAUUGCAAGUCCUAUCAAACACAA